GCAGAAUUUAGUUCCAAACUAUCAACCUGCGGAAGAGGUUGUGUUAGCCAAAUUCAAACGAUAGCAGAAAAAUGACUGACAACGACGAAAUCGUGAACCCCAAUGAGAAUCUUAUUAUUCCCGAUUGGAUCAACGAGAAAUACUUUACGGGUGUGCUGGAAAAGGAUGAACCAGAUCAUGCCAAAGUAUUAAAAUUUACAACAGUUGCUGCCAUUAAGCCGGGCGAGAACUUCACCUCGACCAUGCUGAGGUCUUAUAUAAAAUUGGAAAUGAAAGAUGGAAGUGUCAAGACCAAGACUUAUAUCUUCAAAACGAUGCUGCCCGAAGAGCGCGGAGGCAACGACAUCACCGAGUUCGGGUUGUUUCCCAAGGAGGCCAAGAUGUACGACACGUACCUCCCAGCGUUCGAGGACCUCUACAAGAAGGCCGGAUGGGACAUUCAAUUGGCGCCCAAAUGUCUGCUCACUGAGGAGCGUGAAGGGAAUAUCCACUUCAUCUUCGAGGAUCUGUGUGUGAAGCGAUUCGGGAACAUUGAUCGCACAAAAGGACUGGACAUGGAGCAUAUGACUGCAUUUCUGCAUAAGUUGGCCGAGUACCAUGCAGCCAGUGCGGUUUAUGAGGAACUGCAAGGUCCCUAUCCCAGUGAAUUCCACGAGGGAUUUGUCAAGCGAGAUUUGAAAAAAUUCCACGUUGAUGGUUUCAAACAAAAAGAGAAAGCCUACAAGAAGGCAAUGCUUUCGUGGGGCAUGAAAGAAGCAGAGAAAUACGUGAAGGAAUUUCCCACUGCCGAUCAGUAUUGGGCCCAAUGCUUAAGCACCUUGGACUUGGAUCCCACUGAAUUCCAUGUACUCAACCAUGGCGACUUUUGGUCCAGCAACAUGAUGACCAGCUAUCUGCCGAACGGAAGUCUCGACCAGCUCAUCCUCAUCGACUUUCAGUUAGUCAAAUGGGGCAGUCCUGCCAUGGAUCUGCUCUUUUUCCUCACACUCUCGCCCGAACACGAUUUGCGUAUCAAGGAGUUCGACCACUUUGUAAGGAUCUACUGGGAACGUCUGAUCGAGUGCCUCAAGGUGUUGAAACUGAAACAGCCUUUGCCCAAACUACGCGAUCUGCAAAACUCUAUAAACAAGAAGCAAAAUUCGUUUUACGCUGUCUUUAGCAUUACAAAUCACCUGCCCAUAAUUCUCUUUCCCACCGAUAAAGACAGCAAUCUGCACAAUAUAACUGCUGAAACAAAAGAGGGCGAAAAUCUUAGGCUGCGUCUGGUUUCUAAUCCCGCCUUUGGAAAUGUUAUGAAGGAUCUAUAUCCAUUUUUAUAUAACAGAGGUAUUUUAAACUUUGAAGAUUAUGUCGUGUAAUAUUCGUUAUUCUCUUAACUGGCAAUAAAGUUUAGAC